AUGUCGCAACCCCAACAGCCACAGGGUGGCCCUCCGCCGGGCGCAAUGCCAAUGCCCAUGAUCAUGGGCCCUGACGGUAGACCUAUGCAGCCGUCUCCUGAGCAAAUUGCUGCCAUGCGCCGGCAGAUCGCAAUGGAUGCCGAGAAGGCCGGCAUGAGUGUCCCCGAUUUCCUCAACAAGUUGCGCCAGGAGGCCAUGCAACGCCAGAUGGCAGCCCAGAGAGCCCAAGCAGAGGCCCAGGCCCAGGCUGGUGAGGGUGGAGAGGCUGGCGAGCACAACCAUGACCAUGAGCACCAUGGUCAUCAGCAUGGCCCCGGACACCAGCAUGGCCCUCCCCAACAGCAGCAGCAACAGGGUGUUGCCAGACCUAUUCAGCCUGGACCCCCGAACCCCAUGGCGCUCGCGCUUGCCGGCUACUUGAGAACUUGCGAUCUCAAGCCCCGAACCUGUAUCCUGAACGGCGAGCGUAAGGACAUGUUCAGAGUCAAGCGUGCCCUCCGUGCGCUCCAGGCCCCCGGUUACGCGAAGCUUCGCCAGAAGCACCCCGAACUCCCCGAGAUUACCGAUCGCGCCUCCCUCGAGAACACCUUCAAGCUGCUGCCCAUGUCCAUGCUCGCUCUGCGAGUCGUCAAGUCUGACCCCCAUGAGGGUCAUGACCACGGCCCCAAGAAGACGAAGCGUGUCAAGGGUCUGUGGACCGUUCGCAUUGAGCCUCAGCAAGAGGCCGGAGACGACAUGUACUACGUCUGGCUCUACGAGGGAUCGCAGGUCAAGACCCGCCUUUAUGCUCUCGCUGCUCUGGUCUUGAUCUUCAUCGUCGUCUGCUACCCCCUGUGGCCUCUCAAGCUCCGUCUCGGUGUCUACUACCUCAGCUGGGGAUUCUUGGGCUUGCUAGGACUGUUCUUCCUGAUGGCGAUCUUCCGCGUCAUUCUCUUCUGCAUUACCUACUUCGUCGCCUCUCCCGGUCUCUGGCUCUUCCCCAACCUGUGGGAGGACGUUUCGUUCGUUGACAGCUUCAAGCCCGUGUGGGCGUGGCACGACCCCAACCCCAAGAAGGGAAAGAAGAAGAAGGCAUCCUCCUCCUCCGGCGCAGCGAGCGCUGGCGGCACCUUCGCUGCGUCCACUGGACAACCUCUCCCCGCCUCUGCGACGACGACCGCGACCGAGACGCAGAUUGCAUCUGAGCCUACCCAGCGUGCCGGCUAUGUCGCCCCGGCUGUCGAGGAAGAGGACGAGUAG